AUGAGCUCGAAGAAACCGGUUUUGAAAGAGGUACCUGAUGUUGUGGUCAAUCCGGAUACGGGCGUUACUUAUAAAAAGGGAAGAUUCUUGGGCAAAGGUGGUUUUGCUCGGUGCUAUGAACUUACUGACAUAAUGAACCAGAAGUUAUAUGCUGGCAAAGUAGUUUCAAAAUUACUUCUAUUGAAAAAUCAUCAGCGCGAUAAGAUGGCUCAAGAGAUCCGAAUCCAUAGAAAUUUACAACACAAGCAUAUUGUGAGAAUGGAUGGUUUCUUCGAAGAUCCUGAUAACGUCUACAUUUUGUUAGAACUGUGCCCUCGUAGAUCUUUGAUGGAAUUGCACAAGCGUCGCAAAUACAUAACUGAACCGGAAUCACGUUAUUUCACUAAGCAGAUUGUUGAGGCCUGCGAGUAUCUUCAUGAGAAUAAAAUCAUUCAUCGAGAUUUAAAAUUGGGAAACUUAUUUUUAAAUGAAGAAAUGGAGAUCAAAGUUGGUGAUUUUGGCUUAGCGACAGUAGUAGAGGUAGACGGCCAAAGGAAGAAGACUUUGUGUGGCACACCUAAUUACAUUGCACCUGAAAUGCUCGACAAAAAAGGUCAUUCCUACGAAGUAGACAUUUGGGCAAUUGGCUGUAUUUUGUAUACAUUAUUGGUGGGAAAACCGCCGUUUGAAACUUCUUCUCUUAAGGAUACAUACAACAGAAUAAAAAACAACAAUUAUUCAAUACCAGGUCGUAUUAGUGACGAAGCCGAGCAGCUCAUCCGGCGAUUGCUGCAAACUGAUCCUGAUAAACGUCCUACUAUUCAUGAAGUGUCAAAUUACGCAUUUUUCAAAGGUUAUACCCCGAGCAGGCUACCGACGUCGUGUCUUACAAUGGCUCCCAAAUUUGCGAAUACAGAAAUUCCGGAUAAGCGUUCCGCUCUGAACGAAUUGAGACAGGAAAAUAUUUUGAUUAGCCCGAAAGAAUGUGUGCGUAAGGAUCUAUUAGCAGUGCCGGUACGUCCAUUGACUUCUGUUCCCGAGUUGCAGGUUCUUUCAAAUGUGAAGCAUCGUGUAUGCGACUCGCGUACGGCAGGAAUAUCGUGUGGAGUUGGUGAUUAUCCAUCUGACUGUUAUUUGUCAGGUUUGUGUAGACAGCUAGCGGAAGUCGUCAAUAGUAAGCCAAAGGACAAUCCAGAUAUUCGAGAUGAUGAUCUAGAGGAUCCUGCUGCUAUGCCAGUCUUCUGGAUCUCAAAAUGGGUUGAUUAUUCCGACAAGUAUGGGUUGGGAUAUCAACUUUGUGAUAAUUCCAUUGGCGUUGUAUUUAAUGAUAACACGAAGAUGGUCUUGGAUGCGGCGGGAGAACAAGUGCAAUACCUGGGACGUGAAAAUGAUGAGCAUUAUUACACUGUAAAGCAUUACCCUGAAAAACUGCAAAAGAAGAUCACUCUGCUGCAAUAUUUCAAAAAUUACAUGACUGAGCAUUUGCAAAAAGCUGGUGCUGACAUGCCUAUACGUGAGGGUGAUGAAUUAGCUCGUUUACCUGUUCUCCGCAUUUGGUUCCGAACGCAGUCCGCUAUCGUGCUUCAUCUGACCAAUGGGACGUUACAGCUUAAUUUUUUCGAGGACCAUACGAAGCUCGUAAUUUGUCCGUUGAUGGGAGCUGCUACAUACAUCGACAGCGAGCGCAAUUUCCGUGUCCUCAAACUAUCUGCGCUUGCUAAAUACGGAUGCCCGAAAGCGCUUUUGGAUCGUUUGCGAUAUGCUAAAAUGAUGGUGGAAAGAUUGAUGCUUGCACAUUCUGCACGGCCAUUUUCAUCGACACUUACCUCAGCGGCACGUCCCGCUCCAAGUACUGCUGGUAAUUACUGAAAGAAGCA